GUCAGCAUCGGCCACAUCCGUCAGCGAACUGCCUCGUGGAACAGCUCUGGCAUCGCCCUCGGCCUCGACGUCCUCCUCGACUCUGGCCUAAUUCCUCCUCCUCAGUCUGCUCUUCAACUCCAGUCUAAACUCUUUCCUAGCCUCGGCCUCGAUCGAAUUCCUGCACCUCGUCUAACUCUUCAUCCGCCUCCUACUCCUCCUCCUCCUCCUUUCCUCCUCCUCCUCCCCUUCCUCCCCUCCUUCAACCAUGACGUCUGCCACCUACGGCCCUCCUCUCCACUACCACCUUAUGCCGUACUUCUUCAACACAGGAAUUCCCGCCUACGUCGAGAAGAGGGCCGCCCAGGCACCCGAAGGAGACCAGCUGAGGCUGUCCGUCUUGGCGAACCAGCUGGCCAUCACUCAGCUGAACCAGGUGGUGACGCAGCUGCUCAAGAUCGGCGAAAAGGAAGGCGCUGCAGAUCAGCCUCCGAGGAUGACCUCAGAGCUGCUCGAGUUCCAGCGGAAGCUCCUCGAGAAUGUAAUCAAGGGUUUUACGUCGCUGGACAAGACGUUGAGGGACCUUGACUCUUCGAGGAAGCAGGGGGAAGAGAGUGCCAUGCUGGAUGCCAUGCAGAAGUCCCUGGGCUCGCAGAAAACGUUCCUGGAGGGCCUCGGCGAACGUCUCCUGGGAAACGUUUCUGACAUUGGCAGCGCCGUCUCGGAGUUGUUGCCACCUUACGAGGUUCGAAUUUCAAACCUUGAAGAGCAGCUGUCUGACCUCGCCUCCCUCGUCGCAGGGGCGAGAGCUGACCUCUUCAACUUGUCUUUAUUAAUGCAAGAGAACUUUGAUAAUCUGACCAGGGAAGAGCCCCGACCCCCGCCCCCCGCCCGUGCCCCGACCACUACUUCCACCUGGAGGGCGAGUGCUUCUUCGCGAGCGUCGAGGGCCAGGCGCUCAACUGGAACCAGGCGAGGAAGACCUGCCGCCUCACGGACGGCGACCUGGCCGAGCCCGAGGACGUCCUCAGGCUCAUCCUCGCGCUCGGCGACGCCACCAACGCAACGGGCGCCGUGUUCUGGGGGCGCGCAGAGGGAGCAGCAGCCCGCGGGCGGCGGCGCCGGCCGCAGCGACGCCGAGGAGGACGAGGACGUGGCGGGGAGCCUGGACGGGUGGCGCUGGCUCUCGGGCGCCCCCGUCGGGCGCGGCUGGCUGCUUGGCAGGCCCUCCCUCGACUCGACGAAGGCCUGCUUGGGCGUGUCCGGCGAGGGCCUGAGUAAUGAGAACUGCAAUAGCGACAGGAGGUUUGUGUGCGAGUUGGCCAUGGGUGGGUGAGGGGGCGGCGGGAGGGGUCCGCCCCUCUUUGUGGGGAAGGUUCCUUUUGCUCCUUCAAAGGUCUUGAUUUUUUUUUAUGAUAGCUUUAGAUAGAUGUAUUUUCUGUUGUUGUACUUAUUUAUUUUAUUUUAUUUUUUAACUCCAUACGUUUAGAUAUGUCUCCUGUUAUCAUAUUUAUUAUUCUGAUUUUUGAACUGUGUGCCCAAGGCUUUACAUAUCUCUUAUUAUUCAUCAUUUUAUUUUUUAUUCUUAUUGCAUCCUUCAUGAUGUAGAUGUCUCUUACAUUAUUCUUAGGAUAUUAUCUGAAAUCUUUUUAUAUGAAACGUCAUUUUUUAAGGUUCUUUGUUGAAAUAUGUCAUUAAAUGAUGCUGUGAAUCUACCCCA